UUUCGCCGAUAUUAUUGGUGUUUGUCUCGGUGUCAAUGCACUCGUUUGCGUGUCAUUUCGUCAUCCUUUCAUCAAGCGCUGCUAACUUUUAUCUGUUUGUUGUUGUUAUUUGUUUGUGUGGUAUUUUUAAAAAUAACAACUAAUUUUAAAUCGCAUGUAUAAUAAAGAAUCAUGAUGCUAAUGAAAUAUAGAAGUGCGAACCUAUAAAUGAAGCGUUUUCCAGCACUACACUUUAAAUCGCCAGGAGAAAAAUCGUGUUAUUUAUAUAUGUGCUGAAGUCCGCUGAGCAAAUAGUUAAGAAAGUUCCAAAUCGAUGAAAGUCUCUCACUUAGAAUUUGUGGUUUGCUAAAUAAAUUAGAAUCUUAUGUGGCCAUUACGCACAAAAAGUCGCUGCCUAAUAACCGCUCGAUCUCGGCCCCGUUUAGUUAUGGCUCGUGGUAAUUGGGGUGUGUCUCAAUUUGGGAACAGCAAAAGUACUAAAGGAGACAAUGAAGAAACGAAAUGUUGGCAGUGCAUCGAAGCAGCAUCUUAUAGGCACUGCCUUUGACUAUGACUAUUUUGCGCCAAAGGAACGGAGAGUUGCGCAUCGUCAUCAAAACUCCAAUCCAACCACAACUCAGCGCCCAUUUAUACGCUAUUGGAAUAAUUUCAUACGUAAUAUACGCGUACCUGUACCCACGAUCAGUUGGAAUAUGACUAAUCCGUUGGUGAAUCUCUUCAACGCUGGCUAUACGAAUGUCAUCGACACGCCUGUGGCUAACUCCAAUCAUCAAAGCAAGAAGCGUAAGAGGAGCAAAAAAAUACGUAAACAUUCCGAUACGAAGACAAAGCAUUCCAAGAAGCAGAAACAUACGGAUGCUUAUGAUGACGUUGAUGAGACUUAUCACACAGUCAGUUAUAAUGGUUACGCAACGCCCUACACACUCGACUUCGAUCCACACAAGGUUAUUUACUACUACGACCCGAGCACUGGUCAAUAUUUUAAAAUGCAGACGCCAUAUGUAAACAGUUACACACAGCCUGAACUGCAACAACAGCAAUCGGAUGAUUCCGACGAGGAACCAGAAGAGCUAAUAGAUGAGUCAGUAGAGCAAGAGGAAACAGAAACGGCACAAAUCGAGCCACCAACGAUGGAAGCAGCUGCGGAAAUCAGUGAAACCGAAAAUGAAGAGAUACCACAAGCAGUCGAAGAAGAAGCUCUUAGCGAUGUUGAAGAAGUUUCCGGUGAAGUGGAGCUUAUACCAGCGGAUAUGGAAAAUUUCGACGACUCCGAAGAAGUGCAAACGCCAGUAAAACAAUUGAUGGAAGCAACUAAAAUGAGCAAACCAAAAAAUAUUAAAAGUGUCGAAGAAUUGCGUAAUGCGAUUAACGCUUACAUGUUGGAUGAUCGUUUCAAUAAAAUGCGACAGCAAGCGAAUACAGCGCAGAGGUACAAAAUGUUGCGCAAUAGAGUGAAACCGCACCCAAAGCAAACAUUUACUCACUACAGGUUGCAACAAAUUUAGCGAUGCAUAUAUUGAAUUAAAUUAAACUGACUACUUUUACUUAAAUUUUAAAAAUUGAAAUUACUAAAACAAAAAGCUAUCUUAUACUUCUUAAAAGGGAAAUUACUUUAAUUAUUUUUAUACACAUAAAUCGGUAAAUUAGCUAAAAUUUAAAUAAAUUAUAAAAUGUACACUAA